AGGCGUACAUUAACGGACAUGGUUGGUCCAUUCAUUUUCCUGUCAAUGUUUGUGUCUGGAACGGGCCCCACCGAGUUUGCUCUUUGCUCAACUCAAGAGUUACAUACUGAGGAAAAGUCACAUCCGUUUGAUAUGAGGAUCAAUGAUGCAGACUGCUGGGUUCGAUGA